ACUUUCACUUUUAUUCUAUUUGAUUAUUAUCAUAAUUGUACAUCUUAAUAUGUAUUUGUGCAUCAUUUGAUGUAUUAUUCAUUUCUGAAUUUUGUUUGUUUUCCUGUGAAUUUUUAGUUACUGUUGAUGAUGUUGUGAAAAGGGUUUUUGGGGUCAUAGAGGUGGGGUUGUUUUGUUAUCAUGCUUUAUAAAGUGUAAACAACAACUGAAAAGAAGUGGCUUGGGAAAUGUUCUUGAUUUCAGAAUAUGUUGUUUGUUUGUCAAAUUCCUUGUCCCCACGAACAUGUUUUUGUGUUCUUCUGUAAAUUUGAGGUCUCAACAAAGAAAACCAUCCUUAUUAUAAGGCGAAAAAACCACACUUGUUCUACAAAGCUCCUCCAUAUUGAUACACUAAUAUGCAGAUGGAUUGACAAACAAUGGGGUUUUAUGAAGAUUUUUAAGUAGUUCAGAUGCUUUGGCACUGCAACAUUUUUCUGUGUUGAUUUGAAUAGUUAUGUACGCUAUAUCCGGUGCACUUUACGUUGACCAAAUGGGCUAUGCUAUGAGUAGAUUAGACGUGGACUCUAGUGAUACUGAAGAUGGAAAUGCAAUCCUUGAAGAUUCUAGUACUGGAAAAGCUAAAAAGGCAUUUGAAAAUUUAGACAAUGAAAUUGCUCAAAUAACCAAGUUGAAAUCAACACCUCAUCAACUGCUAGUACAUGAUGGAUCUGGAAGGAAAGAGUUGCCUGUUUCCCCGGUGAAGAUGCUGGCAGGCCGCGAAUCUAAUUGUUCAGGACGGGGAAGGUUUUCUUCCGCUGAUCGCUGUCAUCUUUUGAGCAGGUAUUUACCUGUAAAUGGUCCUUGGCCUAUCGACCAAAUGCCUAGUCGAGCAUACGUGUCUCAGUUUUCAGCUGAUGGUUCUCUUUUUGUUGCUGGGUUCCAGGGAAACCACAUAAAAAUAUACAAUGUGGAGAAAGGUUGGAAAGUUCAAAAAAACAUUCUAACCAAGAGUUUGAGAUGGACAAUCACUGAUACUUCUCUUUCCCCUGAUCAAAGUCAUCUAGUUUAUGCCAGCAUGUCACCCAUUGUACACAUUGUGAAUGUUGGAUCUUCUGAGACAGAGUCACUAGCAAAUGUGACGGAGAUCCACGAUGGGUUGGAUUUUUCAUCAAACGACGAUGGAGGAUACUCUUUUGGAAUUUUCUCUUUGAAAUUUUCAACAGAUGGGAAGGAAUUAGUUGCAGGAACUAGUGGCGAUUCUAUAUAUGUAUACGAUCUUGAAACAAAUAAGGUUUCACUUCGAAUUUUAGCACACACGGCUGAUGUAAACACUGUAUGUUUUGCUGAUGAAACUGGCCAUCUUAUUUACUCUGGAAGUGAUGAUAGUUUCUGCAAGGUCUGGGAUCGGCGUUGCUUAAAUGCUAAAGACAAGCCAGCAGGGGUUUUGAUGGGACACCUUGAGGGCAUUACGUUUAUUGAUUCCCGUGGAGAUGGACGCUAUUUCAUUUCAAACGGUAAAGAUCAGACCAUCAAACUUUGGGACAUACGUAAAAUGUCAUCCAAUGUUACCAGUAACCGUGUCCGUGGAUAUAGGAGUUUUGAAUGGGAUUACAGGUGGAUGGAUUACCCGCCACAAGCAAAAGACUUGAAUCAUCCUUGUGAUCAGUCAGUGGCUACAUAUAGAGGCCAUUCAGUCUUACGCACUCUUGUCCGCUGCUUUUUUUCUCCAGCUUUUAGCACUGGCCAGAAGUACAUCUAUACUGGAUCACACAACGCAUGUGUUUAUGUAUAUGAUUUGGUGAGUGGAGCACAAGUUGCAACAUUGAAGCACCAUAAAUCACCUGUAAGAGAUUGUAGUUGGCAUCCCUUCCACCCUAUGCUUGUUAGCUCUUCUUGGGAUGGAGAUGUUGUAAAAUGGCAAUCUGCUGGAAGCUCUGAUAUGGCAGCCUCGUCGGUUAAGAAGAGGGUAAACAAAAGACAUUUUUAUGAAGAUUACCUAUGAUGUCAGUUAAAUCAGUUAAGAAUUACGAAAUGAUCUGAAAGAUCCAUAACUUGUUGAUAUUGAAGUUGUAUAUGGUGUUUGGCAUAAUAAGGUGUAAUAUGAACUACCACAAUCUUGUACAUAAAUAAUAAAUAACCACUUAAAAAUUGAUAGUGUGAUUGAUUCAUUUGUACGCAGUGUGUAUGAUAAAUUUGUCACGUAGCAUACUAUUGCAUCAUAACUCAUAAGUGUACCAAUGCAUCGGUAUUAUAUUCUCUGUAA